AUGUCAGAGAGUAUUCUGUAUGUGUGUGAGUCGCUGCAGCUGCUGAUCGAGUUUGUGGAAGAUAAAAUUCGCGACAUUCCUUCAGCAUGAUGGGGUGUCUCAUCUGACCGCGAGCUCGGCUAGGCAAAUCAAACUUGCGUUGUGGAGGAACAUCGAGCAUCAACGAUGAUUCCCGGAAACUCCCUCUCCAAUGAGACCUCGGUCAACAAAACCUUACAUGGCCUAGGUUUCCUCCAAACAUCGGGAGCUCAAGCAAUAUCAGGCGCUUUCGUGUGGGCUGCCUUGAUCAUCACAUGCCACCAAAUAUACCAGCAUCUUAGAUUCUACACGCUGCCGUCGGAACAGCGAUGGAUUAUUCGAAUCCUAUUUUUCAUUCCACUGUACGGGUUCAUCUCUUGGCUGUCACUCUUAUUUCUGAAUGAGGAGCACGAGAAUAUAUAUGUGUACUUUAACGCGGUCCGCGACUGGUACGAAGCUUUUGUGAUAUACAGUUUCUUAUCGUUAUGCUAUGAGUAUCUCGGCGGAGAAGGGAACAUCAUGACCGAAAUCCGAGGCAAGCCCAUCCAGCCUUCCUUCAUGUACGGCACGUGUUGUCUCGGCGGAAGGCCGUACACGAUCGGAUUCCUUCGCUUCUGCAAACAAGCCACUCUACAAUUCUGUGCAAUCAAAAUCCUCAUGAGCGUGAUCGUGCUCUUCAUCAUUUCAUUCAUCGGGACAGACGUCUACGUCAACCUCUGUGUCAACAUUAUCUACAACUUAUCGGUGUCUCUAGCUCUAUAUGGAAUGCUGCUCUUCUACUACGCCACAAAGGACAUGCUCAAGCCAUUCGAUCCCGUUUUGAAGUUCUUCACUGUGAAAUCGGUGAUUUUCUUGUCGUUCUGGCAAGGUCUCCUCUUGACAAUGAUAGGACAAAUUGGGCAGUCCAAGGGCACCGAUCAUCUCGCAGCGACCGUCGCGGCGGCUCGUCAAGACUUCCUCAUCUGUGUGGAGAUGUUCUUCGCGGCCAUCGCCCUCCGCUACGCUUUCCCAGUCAGGGUUUACGCCCACGGAGGAAACAUGCACACCGGUCGUACCGUGACCAUGCAGUCGAUUUCAUCGAGUCUCAAGGAGACUAUGAAUCCGAAGGACAUCAUGAACGACGCCAUCCACAACUUCCAUCCGCAGUAUCAGCAGUAUACACAGUACGCGGCGCCUCAGAACCCGUCCGUCGCCUCUCCUCAGCAACCACCUGUACCUCAAGUUACCAAUGCGUCGACAACCGCUGGUGUCUCUGCGGCACCCGUGACGCCCUCGGGUGGCGCCGGUAUGACAUCGAUGAUCCUCUCUGGCAUCAAUCGAAUGGUGAACCCGGGCCCGGGCCAUAACGAGAAGGCUACACUGCUGAGCAGUGACGACGAAUUCCAGUAA